AUGGCGAGGGAAGGUUCCAAAAAUUCUACGAGCCGGAAGCGUAAACGAGGGUUUUCAAGAAAGCUUCAAGUCAACGAAAGGGUGGAGGUGAGGAGUGAAGAGGAUGGAUUUCUAGGAUCAUGGCACCCUGGGACAGUUAUCUGUUGUGGGAAGCUGAAGCGCCAUGUCAGAUACGAGAAUCUUUUGGAAAACGAUGGGUUGAAUUAUCUUGUGGAUGUAGUGCGUGUUACAAAAGCAUUGGAUGGUGAAAAUGAAUCCUUGAAUUGCUUUAAGCGAGGGUUCAUUAGGCCACUGCCUCCUACGGUUGUGUUUGAUAGAUGGGGCCUUAAGUUUGGUCUGUGUGUUGAUGUGAACCAUCUAGAAGCUUGGUGGGAAGGGGCUAUAUUUGAUCACUGUGAUGGGGAGGAGAAGAGGACUGUGUUUUUCCCUGAUUUGGGUGAUGAAAUGCAAGUUGAAAUUCAUCAGUUGCGGAUUACUCAGGAUUGGGAUGAAGUUACAGGAAAGUGGGAGCAACGAGGGAACUGGGUGUUUCUUGAAUUGAUUGAGGAGUUAGAGAGGGAAACAUAUGUUCCAGUUUCAAUUAAGCAAAUUUGGUAUGACUUACAGGUAAAAAUUGAAUUUUGCAUUAUUGGAGAGUGGACAUAUAAUGUGAAGGACUUGUGGAGAAACAUGGUGAUGGAGAUAAUUCAGGAGUACUUUACUCUUACAAUAGAAGCAGUUAUCUCAGUCUCAAAACUUCAGCAGCUUUUAUUAAAUGAAAUACCAGAGCUGGAGUUAGUGGAACCCAUUUCUAAUGUUGGGCAGAAAGAAACUGUUCCUCCUGUUAUAGAGACCUUACAUGAUUUUCAAGAUGAAAUGACCCGUAGUGGUGCUGGUGACUUAACACCAGAGCUGGAGUCAGGUGAACCUGUGGCUAAUGCUGACUUAAAAACGACCUUGCCUGAUAAGGAAAAUGUUGUGCAGAAAGAACCUGUUGCAGCUAUUAAUGAGACCUUACCAGUGUUUCAAAAUGAAACGACCUCCAAUGGUGCUGGUGACUUAAAUCUUCCAGGGAAUUUAUUAAAUGAAACACCAGAGCUGGAUUCAGUUGAAACAGUGGUUAAUGUUGAUUUAAACAUUACCUUGCCUGAUAAGGAAAAUGUUGUGGAAGAAGAACUUAUUCCACAUGUUAAUGAGACCUUACCUGUUGAUCAGAUAUGGAGUGGUGAAUUAUUGCAUACAGUAUCCAAAUUGCUUCCAAAGGAUGCUGAGUUAUGUGUGAUGGAUGGUGGUGCUGAAAAUAAAUCAACUGCUAGUCAAAAGCGGAAAUGCUUGAGAAAUUCAAAGGCCAACCUACUGAAGUGCCAAAGCAAUGGAUUGCCUAGAAGGGUGCUAAGAUCAAAUAAGAGGGUGCAAAAGGUUUCAGCCACUUGUCUACACCAUAAACCUCUAACUAUUCUGUCUUGGUUGAUAGACAGCAACAUGGUCUUACCAAGGUCUAAGGUUUAUUAUAAGGCCAAAGGCAAGCGCAAUAAGGUCUGUAUUAUGGCUCAUGGGAGAAUAACUCGCAAUGGCGUCAAGUGCAAAUGUUGCCUAACAAUAUACAGUCUUGUUGGCUUUGAAAAUCAUGCUACAGGCAAUAGUACGUGCAGACCCUCUGCUAAUAUCUUUUUGGAAGAUGGUAGGUCACUCUUAGAUUGCCAGAAACAAAUAAUGGAAGAUCAUAAAACAAGGCAAACUAUGGAAAUACCAUUCAGUGAUUUGGGUCAAGGCGAGAAUGACUGCAUUUGUUCUUUUUGCCACUAUGGUGGUGAACUUAUUUUAUGUGAUCAAUGCCCAUCUUCAUUUCAUAAGAUUUGUCUUGGUUUGGAGGAUAUCCUUUAUGGUGACUGGUUUUGUCCAUCAUGUAGUUGUGGGAUUUGUGGCCAAAGCAGAAUUAAAGGAGAUGAGGAUGGACAUUUCCUUACUUGCAUUCAGUGUGAACAUAAAUAUCAUGUUAGGUGCCUGGAAACUGGAGCUGUAGAUAUAUCAAGACAUCUGAAAAACUCGUUCUGUGGAAAAGACUGUAAAAUGAUAUAUGAGGGUUUUCGUAAAUUAUUAGGAAAGCCAGUUUCAGUGGGUGCGGACAAUCUAACUUGGACAUUGGUGAAGUUUAUCAACUCUGACAGUUGUGAUUUUGAUAGUAUUAAAAGUGACUUAUUGGCAGAAAGUUACAGCAAACUCAAUCUUGCUCUUUCGGUGAUGCAUGAAUGUUUUGAGCCCUUAAAGGAACCUUUGGCUGGCAAAGAUAUCAUGGAAGAUGUUUUAUUCAGCAGAUGGUCAGAGCUUAAUCGAUUGAAUUUCCAGGGUUUCUAUACUGUACUACUUGAGAGAAAUGAUGAACUGAUUAGUGUGGCGACUGUUAGGGUUUUUGGGAAGAAGAUAGCAGAAGUACCCCUUGUUGGUACCAGAUUACAGUAUCGUCGACAUGGAAUGUGUCACAUUUUAAUGAAUGAGCUAGAAAAGAAGCUCAUGCAAUUAGGUGUGGAGAGGCUUGUUUUGCCUGCUGUUCCUAGUGUACUAGAAACAUGGACCAGGUCUUUUGGCUUUGCAAAGAUGACCAGUUCUGAGAGAUUUCAAUUUCUUCACUAUACUUUUUUAGACUUUCAGGAUACCAUCAUGUGUCAGAAGCUGUUGAUGAAAAUACCAUCUCCAGAUUCAGUUUUAUUAAAAGAUUCACAAAAAAAAUGUGAUUUUUCCUCUGGACGUUGCAGUUUUAACUUUAAAAAGUCUAGUCCAGUAUGUGAAGUAUACCAAGUAGAAGAGAUUGACAAAGGAGGGAUGCUGGAUCAACUAAUAGGGGAAGAUGAUGCUAUUGCAACUAACAGAUGUGAUGUUUUUCUAGUACUUAUGCCGGCAGCAAUGAUAAUCAUGGUGAAGCAACCAAGUCAUGGGGAUAAACAGCGCCAGAAUGGAAGUAACUCACAAUGCUCUCUUUUAAAGCAAGCUCAUAGUCAUAGCAAGCCCAUUAUAAGGAAGGUCUAUGCUAGAAGGAGAAAUGGGCCUGAUAAUAGUGAGGCCCGAAUGCAAACCACGAAAGAUGACAGGUAUAAUGGCCCACCCAAGUACUACGCCCGAAAAACAAAAAAAGCAUGUGAAGGAUUUAGAAUGUCAUUAUGA